AGCUGGGAGAGGAUGUUCAUCCCUGAGGGCGGUCCUUCUGUCUUCCCCUCAGACGCGUGAAGCGGUCACUUCUCUCAGAGAGAGACUCACUGUAUUCUGAAGGACUCUCAGCAUGGCGCAGAACACUGCCUCUGCACCAGCAGCUCUGAGCGGACCCGCCCUGCAGGACGUCUCCUCAGAAGAACGGGACUUACACAUUCUGGACGAUGGAAGGACCAUCCGGGAUUUCAUAGACGAUCAAAUCAAAGUGCUCCGUUCAGCGGACCGCGAGGACCCAUUCUACGUGGCGGACCUCCAGAGCGUGGUGAAGCGGCAGCGCCUGUGGCUGGCUCUCUUACCCCGAGUGAAGCCUUUCUACGCCGUGAAGUGCAACCACCAUGCCGCCGUGCUGAGGACCCUGAGCGCUCUGAACACCGGGUUCGACUGUGCAAGCAAGGGGGAGAUCCAGAUGGUGCUGGCCCUCGGUGUGCCUCCUGAUAAAAUCAUCUUCGCUCAUGCAACCAAACCCAUGUCGCACAUCAGAUACGCCUGCGCUCACGGAGUCGACACCAUGACUUUUGAUAGCGAGGAAGAGCUCCAGAAAAUCUCUCUCUGCCACCCCAAAGCCAAGCUGGUGCUCCGCUUAGCAGUGGACGACUCCGAGUCGCUGGUCAGACUCAGCUCUAAGUUUGGCGCCGGUCUGGGUUCGGUGGGUAAGCUGCUGGGUCUCGCUGCAGAUCUGGACCUGCAGGUGAUCGGGGUCAGCUUCCACGUCGGCAGCGGCUGCACCGGGAGUCUGGCCUUCCAGCGGGCCAUCGCCGAUGCCAGGCGCGUCUUCGACAUCGCCAGUGUGUUGGGCGUUCAGAUGAGUCUCCUGGAUAUCGGUGGUGGAUUUUCUGGCAGAGACGACUUCCAGGUCAAAUUUGAAGAGUUUUCGGGCGUGAUAAAUGCAGCGUUGGAUAAGUUCUUCCCGCCUGACUGUGGGGUUCGGAUUAUUGCAGAACCGGGGCGGUUCUACGUAGAGUCGGCCUUCACCCUGGCAGUGAACGUCAUCGGCAAAAAGAACUGUGAGGAGAGUGCCCCUGGUGGAGAGAGGAUGUACUACAUAAAUGACGGAGUGUACGGUUCCCUGAGCUGCAUCAUCAAUGACCUGGCUCACCCCUCCAUCCAGCUGCUCCCCCACAGGGCAAUGGCGCUCAGCGAGCCGCGGUUCCGCUCGGUGGUCUGGGGUCCGACCUGCGACAGCUUGGAUAAGGUGUCGAACAGCGUCUGGAUCCCUGAGCUGCAGGUGGGCGACUGGCUGCUCGUCCACAACAUGGGAGCCUACUCCGUCAGCCUGAGCUCCGACUUCAACGGCUUUGAAAAAGCUCAGGUUUUCCCCGUGUUGACGGCAGACUUGAAGCUCCGCCCGCCUACAGUGUGUAUAGACGACCCGGAAACCCAUGAUGGAGUCCUGCUCCGUCCACGGUGCCUUCCUCCAACUUAAAUUACAUUAAUGUUAUCAAUCUAUACGCUCCUUCAUCCCUCCCUCCCUCCCUUUAAUCUUCCCUUCAUCCCUCUAUCCCUUCACCCUUUCAUCCCUCAUCCCUUUAUCCCUCCCUUCACCCCUUCAUCCCUCCAUCCCAUUCAUCUCUCCCUCCCUUCAUACCUUCACCCUUUCAUCCCUCAUCCCUUUAACCCUCCCUU